AAUGUGCCCCCCUCCCAACUCAUUGAACAGUUCCUGUCUUCAUGCUUCUCUGUAUUUUUCCAUCAUGAGAAAGUCCCAUGGCCUUGAAACUGUUAACAAUGUUUCAAGUCAGCUAUGUUGCAUAACACAUACAUACAUCCACACAAGCUAACAGCAGAUACUAUUCAAUCAUAUAUAUGGUAAUGGGCUAUAGUGCAUAACACAGAAACCUCAUAGAACUACCUUGGCAGAAUCAAUAUGUGCCCAUUUGAUCUUCUUGUAGGGCGUUUUUAGAACAUAUCCUAGCGUUCACGCAACCGUUUGGUGUCUUGAACGCAGCGUCUGAGCUGGAAUAAUUUACCCAAUACCGAGGUCACAUUUCAACAAAGUUGAACUUUUGGACUCGCAUCACUGAUCAUAAACUGUCUGUACGCUUGAGUUGAGCAAAAGCUUUAGCCACCAUGGCUCAGCCACCCGUUCUUAUACGACAAGAUGAGGUUGAAGGUUUGUUGCAUUACAAAGAUUUGAUCCCGCGACUUGAAGUAGCACUGGGGAAGUUUUCCAAACUGGACAGCGCAGAAGUGAUCCAGCCCGUUCGUACUACGGUCCCGUUACAAAAAUACAAUGGAUUUCUGGGGCUGAUGCCUGCGUAUUUGGUGCAUGAAGACAUCCUGUGCACAAAAUUGGUGUGCUUCUACAAGAGGGAGAGUGGGUCAACUCUGCCAUCAACUCAAGCCACAGUGUUGCUGUUUGAUCCUGAAUAUGGGAAUGUCAAAGCUGUCAUGGAUGGGGAGGUCAUCACAGCCAAAAGGACAGCAGCAGUGUCUGCUAUUUCUGCCAAACUGUUGAUGCCAGCCAAGUCGGAGGUGUUGACCAUACUGGGAGCUGGCCAUCAGGCCCUCAGCCACUACAACGUCUUCACAGAAACCUUCUCCUUUAAAGAGGUCCGCGUGUGGAGCAGGAGGAAAGAGACGGCGGAGAGGUUUGCCCAGUCCACCCAGGGUCACGUUACAGUAUGGGAGUCAGUGGAGGAGGCAGUGAACGGUGCAGACGUCAUAGUCACUGUGACUGGGGCCAGUGAACCAGUGCUCUUUGGCCAGUGGGUCAAGCCAGGUGCCCAUGUAGCAGCUGUGGGAGCCUGCAGGCCAGACUGGAGGGAGCUGGAUGAUGUGUUGAUGAGACAGGCUGAGGUGUAUGUAGACAGCAGAGAGGGAGCUGUGGCAGAGUCAGGUGACAUCAUCCUGUCUGGGGCCAAAGUGUUUGCAGAGCUUGGAGAGGUUCUCAAUGGAACAAGACCUGCCCUUAGAGAGAAGACCACUGUGUUCAAAUCCCUUGGAAUGGGGAUUCAAGAUGCAGUCUCUGCCAAGCUUGUGUUUGAACAGUGGAAGAACAAACACUGAAGACCUGAGGAUAAUGGGAUGGCCAUGGAUGCGAUCACUUACAUUCCCACCAGUUCUAUAUUAAAGGGAGUUGGUGGAAAGAUA